UUGGCGUGUUCAGACGUGGUUGGGCCUCUGUUUCGGCCAGUUUCGAGGCGAGAAGUGCAGCGUCUGUGUUUGUUACACGUGUAAUCAUAGCAUUCCCCUGGUUGCGGUGGCUUCGCGGUGCAAUGGCAAAUUCCAAACCUAAAAAGAGGUACUUUCAGGGGUCUGUGGCUGAAGGCGACAUGGCAAAGGGAGGAGAGGAGGAACGUCCUGCGCAAGUGGCAUGCCCCCUACCACCGAAUGCAGUGCAGCAUCCACCAGGUGCCAUGCCAGUCCGGAGAACUAGGGCCAAGUCUGGAGUUGAUACGGCACGGGAUCUGCUGUCCAUUCAGCAGGACCAGCUGGCUGUCCAGCGAGAACUGCUGGCCACACAGCAGGGUCUGCUGGCCACCCAGCAGCAGCAGCUGGCAGUUCAGCAGGAAAUGCUGCUCGUGCAGAGAGAGGCAGUCGAUGCACUCCGUCGACUUGCAAGCAUAUUUGAGCAGUCCGUGGACACAGGGGUGUUGCCCUCUGACCGGAAAAUUAGUAAGUAGGCCAAUAUCACUCACCUGCCUCUACAAGAUCCUCGAGCAUGUCAUUUACAGGCACCUGAUUAACUUCCUGGAUUCCUGCAAUUUCUUCACCAAUGUGCAGCAUGGCCUCUGGAAACGCCUUUCUAUUGGGACCCAACUACUUAUUCUAACUAACGAUUUGUUUAACAAUCUUGACACCGGCUUUCCUACUGACGCUGUUUUGCUUAAUUUCGCCAAAGUUUUUGCUAAAGUCCCGGACAAUCGCAUUCUUCUUAAACUUUCUUUCC